AUGGAAGAAAUCCUGGCUGAUUUCAUCGUUGUGGGAGGUGGUACAGCUGGGUGCAUUGUAGCUGCAAGAUUAGCCGAAUAUGGCUUUAAAACUCUACUAUUAUCGAGUGGUUCGAAUGAUACGACAAACCUAUUGAUAAAACAAAAGUCUCUCUUUACAGAACUCUUGCAAGCUUCUCACCUCAAACAUUAUCUGCCUCAUAUGCCUUUACCAAAUCUAAAUAAUCGGACAUUGAAUCUGAUUGUCUGGAAUAGUCUUGGAGGUAGUAGCAUUAAUUGGGGUGGAAUGGAACGAAUGAUGAAAAGUGAAUGUGACUUAUUUGUUAAUGCCAGCGGCGAUCAAUCUUUUUCUUUCGAACAUAUGUCGCUGUAUUAUAAAAAGGUUGAAAAUUUCACAACAACGGCACCAUUUCCAGUUGACGGAAUUCAUGGUGAUAAUGGUCCAAUUCAUAUGAUACAUGUUGAUGAGCCUGCGUUCUCCCGAGUAUGGAAGAAGGUUGCUGAUGAACUCGGCGAGACUUUCAGUGACGAUCUGGCAGGUUCUAUUGAUUACGGUUUUUCAUUCGAGCCAUCAUCAUUCGUAAACGAACUGAGAAGCUGGAGUGCUUCCGAAUAUUUAAUUCCUGCUUUGGACCAAUAUCCAAACCUCACCAUGAUAACAGGCGCUACUGUAACCAAAUUGAAUGUGAAUCCAAUAACUAAGCACAUCGACAGUCUUCUGUUCGUAUCCUCUAACGGUUGCUUUCGCGCUGUUGCUCAAAAAGAGUAUAUUUUGUCUGCCGGCACAUUUUUCAGUCCUCAUUUACUUCUACUAUCGGGUGUAGGCGAUCCUGAACUUCUUGAGCUAAAUAACAUACCUGUAAAACAUAUUUUAAAACAAGUUGGAAAGAAUCUAACUGACAAUGGUGUUGUCACUGUUGAAUACCAAACGAAGGGCUUGCCAGUUGGCCAAUGUAUACCCAUUGCUUUGGUUAAUCGCCAAGUGAAAACUACCGAUACGAAUGCCGAUUUAUUCUUUGUUCUACAAAUGGAUCAUGCAACAGAACAUCUUUAUAUAUUGAUCUUCAAUGGUUUACCAAAAUCACGCACCGGUUCUAUUUCAUUGUACAAUGCCAACCCACUCGUACCGCCUAAAGUAACUUUGAAUUAUCUUGAUGAUGAAAAAGACAUUGAAGCAUUUAUAGACGGCAUCAAUUAUAUGCGACGAGUAAUGUCCACAAAUGCAAUAGAAGAAAGUGCUAAAGUGACUGAAAUUUCGCCAGGCCUUCAAGAGAGAAACUUGGAUUCAUAUAUUCGUAACACAUUGGAACCUGCACAUCAUUUCAUCGGUACGUGUUCAAUGGGACAAGAUGCAGAGACAUCAGUGGUUAAUAAAGACUUCAAAGUACAUGGAUUGGAUAAUCUUCGCAUAGUAGACGCAUCAGUGUUUCCAACAGGCUUUGUGUCCAAAGCAGGUCCGUGUUUAACUGUCUAUGCUUUAGCUGAGAAGGCUGCCGAUGUUUUGAAACAGGAGUAUUCUCGAUAA